AUGCCAACACCCACUCCCUUUCAUCCUCCAGCCGACAUCUCCUUCACCCUCGUCUCGCUGCCAUGCGUCUUCCUCCUCGCCACCGCUGAAGCCAGUCACCGGAGUCCAUCUCUUCUACAUCAGAAAGUGAGUACGGUGGUUGGAUGGUUUGUUGCUGUUACGAACCACCGGACCACAGCCGUCGUUUCUGUUGCUGCUGGAGGCGAAGGAUGA